CCCUGAUGGGCCUCGGUGGGGGUUUUGAUUACAAGGUGGUGCUGCGUCUUUUCCCCAAGGGUUUUCUCUCCAUUUGCAUUCCAAUUGCUUUUUGUUUUCUUUGAUUUUGUCGGUCAAGCUUUUUGAGAUUUUCGUUGCGGACAAGUCAAAAUUCAAAGCCCUCGUCAACCGCACACAGAUCUCUUGGCUUGUUAUUUUACCCCUUCGUUCAACGCGGCUGUUUCGUCUAACGGUUAAUUGCUCCCACGCCACUUACCGAUCACUCGCUAUAUUCGCUACUGCUUGUUGUCUGCCUUUUGCAAAUGCCGGUCAUUACGGAACGGAUAUCCGAAACCAUCGACAGAAAGGAAAAGGUUGAGGACGAUCAGCCAGAGCAUAACUUUGCACAUGAGAAGAGCGCACACCAUGACGUGCGGCUGAUUGAUCGGCACUGCAGUUCCCUUUUUUCCGGGAGCAAGUUCAAUGGAGAACAAAAGAGUGGGAGAAGCUCUUACGAAGUCACAGUAGAGAUUCAGCACGUAGAUUUGCGAAAUUCUUUCCUUUGCGGAUACCUGAGUAUAAAGGGUCUCACGGAUGACUGGCCAGAUCUUUGCACCUUUUUCGAAGGAGAAAUCAUCGGUCCAAAAUUCUCGUUCUUGACGCGCAAGUGGGAUGCCGAUGAGCAAAUUGACAGACAGCACUGGACAAAAUUUUCGGCGUUUAAGGAAUACGCGGACGUCUUCAACAAGGAUGGAUUUGUAUAUGAUUUUGAAAAUAAUGAUUACAUCUUUAUGCGAUGGAAGGAACACUUUUUGGUACCAGAUCAUCGGAUCAAAUCGAUUUCGGGCGCAUCAUUUGCCGGGUUUUACUACAUUGCUUACCAGAAGUCUACAGGGACAAUAACGGGCUUAUACUUUCAUCACAAUUCGGAAUGGUUCCAGCAUUUGUCGUUGAAACAUGUUCCUUCCACCUCAUUCCCAGCUUUCGAAUUCCGCUAGAUACGCAUGCGUCUCCGUCCCCUUCUCACUUACCUUCUUCCUUUUUUUAUACAUUUUUUUUUUCUACUAUUCUGGAUAGAUAGUAAACAUAAGAGCCGGCCGGCCGGGCUGUGUUGUGUUUAGAUUUUUUUUAUUGUACAACCAAUGUGAUCAAUGUGUCUAACGAUAUGAAGCUUAAUAUUCGAAUCGGGUGAAAAAUCCUUCCAA